AUGGAAGUGACAAACGGUUUAUUGACAAGUUUUGUCCAGACCAAGUCUAUUGAAAGGAUUUUGGCACCAAUAUCAUCACAGAUAUCCUUGCUUAUUAUCCUUGGAGAAACUAAGGCUGAUGUGUCAAUACCAAAUGAUAUAGGACCAUGUGCUUCUGCAAUGAUGAAAGCAGCAGAACACUUGAUAUCAGUAGGAAAGGCAAAGGCACAAAGUGGCACAGAUCAGGAGUACAGUCAGCGAAUGCUGAGUGCCUGUGAAACUCUAGACCUAGCUUCCAGCGAUCUUUACCUUGCCACGCAGAGACUUGAAGGAAACAGUGUCAGGGAAGAAUGGUCGAAACUUGUGACAGCUGCUAAAGAUGUUCUUCAGGGCACUAUGAAGGUAUUACUGGUGUCUGAUGAUGCAGAAGUUCGCAGAAUUGUUUCAGCUGCCCACCUGGUGUCAGAAAAUAUCAGUCGUCUAGGACUAGUACAGACCAUGGCAGACCUGCUCACCUGUUUUAAGAGUUUUACUGAUGCUGCAGCCCAGUUAUGUACACUUGCUAACAAACGACAGAAAGACUUGUGUCAUGACAGACAGCGAGAAAAAGUGAUUACAUCGAUGGCUUUGUUGAAAAAGUCUAUACCUUCAAUGAGCGUAGCUCUGCAGAGCUUUGUGAAGUACCCGCAAAACCCACAGGCACAGAUGAGUAAAACUUGUGUAAUGAACCAGGUGCUUGCUGCUGUACGAGACAUUGUAGAAGCUCUGGAGAAUAAGUUUACAGACGAGGAAUACCUCAAUGUAGAGGAAUCCGGCUUCUUUAUAGCCAAAGUGGAUCAGAUACUUGAGGUACUGUCUGAAGAUAAUCGUACAGAACUACACACUGACCUGGAAAGUUGGACAGAGAUCAUCGUUCGACACAGCAUGCUGGUGGCUCACAUGUGUACAGACAGUUAUCGUGAUACAAUCAUCAGGACUUGCCAGCGGAUUUUACAGCUGAAGUCUCGGGUCUUCCAGCUACAUGGCAGUAUUAAAGACAAUCCAGAUAUAAAAGCGAUGCAAGACGACUUCAAUGACAUUUGUGAAAACCUCAUGGAUGAGUUUUAUGAACUUGAGAGGAAUGUGAAUUUGGCUCUGCUGCAUUUGGUGAUUGACAUAUUCCAGGAGACAACUGAACCAUUGGAAAGGCUUGUCAAGUCUGCAAUGUACUCCAGUGAGGCACAAAGUCUCCAGGACCUCAGUGAGGAGUACAUACAAGACUUUGAAAAUCAUGCAGAUAAGAUGUGUCAGACGGCAAGAUGUGUGGCCGCGAGUUCUUCAGACAAAAGAAGAGUGCGUGUUUUGAGGACGUGUGUGUGUAGACUUGAACGCUUAGAUCCAGAAAUGGUUCCGGGAGCAGUAACCAUAGCGAAGACUUCUUGUGAUAAAAUGGCCAUUAAGCAUCUCAAAUUGUUGAUGAAGGAGUGGUCAUUUGAGGUCAAAAACUUGGUGGAAGUCCUGGAUGAAAUGACUGUCCCGGCCAUAUUUCUCCAGGUCUCUGAGUCAAAAAUAGAAGAGGAUGUCAGUGUCUGUUUAGGGUUUAUAGCAGAGGAGGAUUUGGUGGGCGUUGCCAAGACAUUGAGGGGGGUGGUUGGGCGGUCUCGCCGUGUCGCCCAGUUUGCAGAACGUAUUGUUGAUCAUAGCCGGGACCCAUUGUAUAGGAAUGGUCUACAGUCUUACAUCAAACAGUUACAGAGAGCCAUUAAAGGUGUGCGUGCAGCGGGAGGUAACAUCACAACCACCCCAUCUAAUCCCUCUUCUGUGGACACACUGAAGAGACGUUUCAAACUGUUGGUAGACUGUGUAAAGCAGGUGAGGGCAGGACUUACAGAUGACAAUCAUCCUGAUAUUCUUAGUCCUGUCCGACAUCAGGCUCGGCAACAUGAUACAGAACAUGAUAAAGGUUUUCUAAGAAGAAACAGACAAUCCGAAAGUGGGUAUGGCACUAUGGGGUUAACUGGAAAACUCAGAUUUACUUCUACAACCUCAUCGUAUGAACCUGAGGUUAUAAGGUCAGUGCAGAGGUCAGAGGGCAUGGUACCAGUUCAUGAAGGGGAAAUAAAGACAGUCAACAGCAGGUUACAUCAACAUGUGGCCCCAACUUCUGGGUCUUAUACAGAGUAUCCUCACGCACGUCUCUUGGGGCGAGAACUAUGUAUGGAGGCAGUUCGGGGAAACACACAAAGAGAGGCAGUGAUUGAGGGAGAGGUUCUUGGCUGGACCAAUCAUAUUGUAGAUGCUGCAAAUGAAGUGUUGAUUCAUUGUGAAGAUUUGGAAUCAAAGCGAGUAAACAAAGCUCUGGCCUUUGAGGUGGACACGCUGACUCCUAAAAUUCUGGACAAGGCCAAACUUGUGGCUCAUGGUGACAAAGACGAGGCUGCAAAACUGACCAGUCUUGUUGAGGAAUGGUCAAGUAAGGUGGAAAAGCUGAGGAUAUUUGUGGAUGUGACGGUGGAGCGUUGGAAGAUGAUAACGGACAAGGUCCACAAGGCUAUGGUAGACAGAAAUACUGACCUUCUCAAUAAGGAGGCAGCAGUGCUAUAUAGUCACCAGAAAGCUAUGUCAGAUGUCCUGGAGCUCGUCUCAAUGUUUGGACAGGAUCCACAUGUAAAGGAUCAAAAUAGGAUCUCAAAGCUUUUAGAAGACAAAGAUGAGAUUGAGAAUCUUACAGUAACUAUGGCAACUACUGCAGAGAUGCUGUCAUUUGCAGCUACACGAGAAGAGAAGAACCAGGUAGCAGAAUUAGGUCGCGACUGGGCUGUAAGAAUGUAUAGCGUGUUGGCUGGACUGGACAGCCUGGUCACUGACUUGCACCAGCUAGGGCGAGAGGCAGGGGUGUGGCCUUCCCUUGAUGCCACGCCCACUAAAGACAUAGAAAUUGUCAAUCACCUGAAGGUGGAGAAUGACACUCUGAAAGAUCUCUUAAAUUGUGUCGCUUUAGGUGACACAAGAAGGUCCCAAGAAGCUACUGUCCUGUAUCAACAUCUGAGAGUAAUAUACGAGGAGGCUCGGCUUGUUUCCUCUCAGCCUGCUGCUAGCACCACUCUUGUCUCUUUCUCUUCACAGAAAAUAAGGAUUCUGUCUGCACAGUGGGUUGCCAAGGCUUUAAAGUGUAUGGAGCUGAUACAGACACAGACAACGCUUACUGCCACAGGAAUUAACAAACUUGUGGAUGCUGUGUUUGCAGCCAAAAUCUCUAAGACAGAAGCCCAGAGACAACGAAGUAUGGCUGACUGUCUGGACCAGAUAAGCUCCUUCAGUCGAGGGAUGGUCACACUUCGUCAGAAAAUACUGCAUGGUCUUCAGCUGUCCACAGAUGUCUGCAAGCGGUCAGCUGUCCGCAAAUCUCUUGAUGAUAUCACUGGCAUAGCUCCUGGGCUCAUAAAUACGCUUAAAAAUCUUACAGGCAGUGGUAGUGUUGAUCUGAAGGAACUUUCCAGGCAGCGACUCAUAUGGGCGGCCAAGGUCAGACAGCUGAUGGUUCUACUACAGCAGGUCUCUGAUUUACAGCCAGCCGUGGUCAAAGAAGUGUGUAGACUCCUGAGUGUAGAGGAGAUUGGUGGAGUCACUGCCUGUGCUCCAGACUUCACUGCCACUAUUACUAUUACUCCACAUCCCGAAGAAGCUGAAAGUGAAGUCAACGAAAAAAUUACAACCAAUAGCCAAUCACUGCUUAGUGUUACAGCUGCAAGUGCUCGACCUUCAGGGAUCAUAGAGGUCACAGAAACACAAAAACAGGAUGAUUUUAAACCAGCCAAGGUCACAUUCCAAAACGUUCAUGAAGAACUGCUUCGAGUCACAAGUGAUAGAAGAGAUGAGGAAACUCUUGGCCAGUUGCCAAAGCCAAGGGCCAGGCAAAGAUCAUCACCUUAUAAACCAUCAAAUGCAAUUCUGGCUGCUGCUAAGUAUCUUCAGAGAGAGGCAGAAAAAUGGGAGGAUGAAGACAAUCCAAUUGUUCAGGUUGCCAAGGAGAUGUCCCAACAGCUGCAAAACAUGAUGGAGUACAGUCAAGGAGAAGGACCAAUCACAUCUCACAUGGAAAUGACACAGACAGCGAAAGCAGUAGCAGAGAACGGACAAAAAAUGAGGAAAUUUGCAAAGAUUUUGGCUAAAUAUUGUACAGAGAAAAGAUUUGCCAAAGACCUGAUGUUCUAUGCUGAUCAGAUCCCCACGGUCAGUACCCAGCUUAGUAUCAUUUCCAGUGUCCAGAUGUCCUCGCCAGGAAACAGCAAUGCAGAGAAGAUUCUGAUACAGAAUGCCCAAAACCUGAUGAAGGUGGUCACCCAGACCAUCAAAGCUGCUGAGACUGUGUGUGUCAAGGGUCUGGUGAUGCCAGAGGAUGGAUCUGAAGACGACAUCAGUGCUAUUAUUCUUGCAACACAAUGGCGACGCAAGUUUGUUCGACAUCUACAGAGAGAGGCCGAUGAAGCACAGAAGGAUACGUUAGGUCUCCGCAGAAUAGAAGAACACAAACCCCCGGCACUGACACAGAUUUUUAGUACCUAUUAACAUGUUCCCUCAUAAUCACGAUCAUCUGACAACAAAAUGAUGCUGAGAAAGUUACGGGGAAGAGGAACACAAACCUCUAGUGCCGAUACAGGUCUUUGGUUGUGAAAAACACUGCAGCUUAUGAUAACCCUACACUCGUCAAUCAGUCAAUCAGAUAAUAUUCUUUCCUAUGAAAUCUGAUCAGUUAUUGUUAAACUAAUGCUUUAGUUAAAUACUUGUCCAAGGAAAUGCAAAUUAGUUUUUAAACCUUUCCCUUCAGCAUUUCAAAAUCUCUUACAACAACACAUAUUUGUUGAGCUCACACUGAUCAGUCAAUAUUGGGAUGUGUUUAAACAUGUUAUCAUGGCAUGAAGCCUGAAAUUUGUAUAUCUUUUUUAACACUGAUAUCUUCAAUGAUCAUACCUUUCUAAAUACAGCUGGUUUGUCAUAUUUGUAUCCAUUAUUUCCUAGGAAGCUUUAUUUUAAAAGUCACAUUUAUUCCUUUUACAAAAUUUUAAAUGAUAUUUUUAGUUGUACUAUUGUUUGAUUGGUUAAGACAUGGUUGGGGGCCUAUUUUAAUGCCCUUACCCAUCCAUAUCCGCCCAUAGAUAUCAGAUCUUAAAUUUUCAACGUCCAUUUUCCUUGAUUUUGUUUGGAUAUAGCCUAGCACAAGUAAUCAAUUCAACUCUCGAGAUAUCUAAAGCUUUCAGAAGUUGUCGUCUUUCAGAAAUGAAAGUCAUGAGUACUCGUUUUUUGGGUGAUUGGUUGGAUGCAGAAAUGAUAGUGUGAAGUCGAUAAGUAAGUCAUGGUGUGGAGGUGAUGGAUACAUUUAUACACAGGAAAUGUUAAAAUGUCCUGUUUUAACACAUGUCUCAGACCUCUGAGAAAUGUGAAUUUCCUUAACUACAAAUACCCGGUAGAUGUAAAUGUGAAUAUCAUAUUUGAAAACUUGACAGGGAUAUUUGCAUCUUGAACAUUUUCUAAGACGGUAGACAGUUGUAGUGUGUGAAAUUUUAUUCAUGCUUCACAGGGCCAACACUAGAAUUUCUAAAUCAAAGUUGAGAGGUGGGCUAAUUACAGAACUUUCAUAAAGUAUUUGAUGGAAUCUCUACUGAAACUGCAAUAGAUGUGGGUAAGCUUGUCACCAGAUACAGUUUUAUUGGUAGAGAUAUAUUAUGUAAUAUCAUAGUUGACUGUGUGAAUCAAGAUUUUAACAGAAAUGUUAAAUUAGUAAAAGAGAAAUUUUAACAAGGUUUUAAUAAGGUGUUUUCUGGAAUUUCAAAAUGUUUACAGGAAAAUAAGAUAAAAAAAAAAGUGUACCCAGUUUCUAGUCAUCUACUUAGUUAUCGUUACUGCUGUCAACUGACUUGAAGCGAAUUACGGGUACGGAUGUUGUGUAUGGUAAUAUACGCAAUAAUAUUUGUUUACAUGUUUAUGUACAUAAAAUUCAAUACACUUCUCUUGUUUACAGUGUUUUUAAUUCGGGACUUCAAAUGUGCCCCAGUUUUACAUGUGUUUGUGUCUGUAAUAUUAAAUUAAAUUUAUCCUACUUUGUAUCUCGACGCCCUAAUCAUCAUGCUUGAUCGUUACAGGGCCUUAACCCUUCCAUGUAUAAGCUUGAAUCCUGUGAAGCAAUGUUAAAAGUCAAUACAUUUAGUCCCAACAAACUCUCAAUUAGCAGCUAAAAAAACCCAAGUUUAAUGUUCUCUUACUGUUAUGGACCAUAAGUAUUGUUAUAAUAUCAUAUCUAUUCAGUCCAUGAUAUAUGCUACUCAUUUUGUACAUGUGACAUCACUAAGACCUGUAUUCAUAAUUAUAAAGUUAUGUUUUUUUAUAUUGUGUUGUGUUUCAUAUCAUUGUCAUUUACACAGAAA